AUGAAGGGCUUACCGGGCAGCCGCUCCCAACACCAAAACCCUUUACCCCAUGGCCUUGACUAUGACCCCCACGUGCAUGACAUUCACACGCACCAUGGCUCGGACUCCCGCCACACCUCCUACCUGCUCAGCCCAACAGAGAGCUGCCCUAUGGACUUCCAACAUCGCUAUUCACCACGGAGCUCCAUCCACUCAGACUGUAUGAUGUCCCCAGUUGUGAUGCCUCCUAUAGCUGUGUCCGACCAUAUCUCUAGCAGCACCUUUCCCCGCAUGCAUUACAGCUCUCAGUACUAUGAUUCAGCCACACGGGAUGACUGUGUUGCCAUCACCGCUUCUGCCACCUCACCAGCAGUUGCUGCUGCCGCAGCUGCAGCCGCAGCCUCCUCGCACCAUGCCGGUAUCAAGAGCAAUCGCCUACCUGCCAACCUAUUGGAUCAGUUUGAAAAGCAAAUGCCACUACACCGGGACGGCUUCCACACAUUACAAUACCAGCGCACAUCCACCACCGCCGAACAACGCAGUGAGAGUCCUGGCCGCAUCAGACACCUUGUUCAUUCUGUUCAGAAGCUUUUUACAAAGUCCCACUCCCUGGAGGGAUCAUCAAAGAUGAAUGGCACAAAAGGUGACAUUAUAGGAAGUGGAGGAUCAGGGGGUUACCACCAUCAUGGCCAUCAGACUAACAAACAUGGUAGCAAGAGAAGCAAGAGCAAAGAACGCAAGCAUCGAUCCGGCGGCUGGUGGAGCUCUGAUGACAAUCUGGAUAGCGACAGCACCUACCGUACUCCCAGUGUCAUGUCAAGACACCAUGGGGAACAUAUCACCCAUUGUUACCCAGAUUCCAUACACGGACACCACUUUGGGGACUUGUCACUCAAGGCCUCGAAGAGUAACAACGACGUCAAGUGUAUAGCUUGCGACAAUAUGGCAAUGGCACCUGAAGGCAAAUUUAUGAAGCGUAGCUCCUGGUCGACACUGACAGUCAGCCAGGCUAAGGAGGCCUAUAGAAAAUCAUCACUCAACCUAGAGAAAACCAUGAUGCACACAGACCUAAAGCCUUCACGGACCUGUCACUAUCUACAGGUACCUCAAGAUGAGUGGGGAGGAUAUCCCGGAGAAAAGGAUGAUGAGAUUCCAUGUCGGCGGAUGAGAAGCAGUAGCUAUGUCAAAGCUAUGGGAGAGGUGGAUGAUGACAGUGGUGAUUCGGAAAGUCCAAAGACCUCCCCUCAGAAAGGCAUUCGACCGGAUGCCCUCGUCCUCAAGUCAGCCAUGCAGAGACCCCAUUUCGACUCCCAUAGCCCAGGCUACCGCUUGCAAACCAUGAGAGAAAUGCGGGCCCACCCGAGUGUUACGCUGGACCCUGCAACUACCUUCCAUCCACCGCCCUUCCGCUCUCGCAAUCAAAGUUACAUGCGCGCCGUCAGCACCCUCAGUCAGGCUAGCUGCGUCAGCCAGGUGAGUGAGACUGAGAUCAAUGGCCAGUUUGAGUCAGUUUGCGAGUCCGUUUUUAGUGAAGUAGAAUCCCAGGCUAUGGAGGCCUUGGACCUGCCGGGUUCGUUCCGCACUCGAAGCCACAGUUACCUCCGUGCAAUACAGGCUGGUUAUUCCCAAGAUGACGACUGCUUGCCUUCAAUGACAUCCUCCACUGUCACUUCAACUCUCAGAUCCACAACAGAGGGAUAUGAUGUUGUGGAUGCGACCUCUUUUCUAAAUGACGACAUGAUAGAGGAUGAUGAUGGUGCCAGCUCCUCUGCCUAUGCAGAGCUGGAGAGGCUGGAGAGAGAGACGGUGGCUGCUCGCAGCCAGCACAGUACUAGCUCCACCGUAACGGCAAUCUCGGUGCCCCCGGCAACACCACCGUCAUACAGGGUUCCCAGUGCCUCGCCCAUGGCCACCACUGAGCCACCGGUCCCCCAAGCCAUCCAGGCCUUCAAGGAAUCUGCUAACAUGGUCGCAGCCUUCAACAUGCAGUGGAAGGAUGAAAUCUCAGCCAUGCGCUAUGAGCUGGCAGAACUACGACGAGACGUCUGUGGGGAGUUGAAGACGUUCAACAGCAAUUUCUUCAACUUCACUCAGUGCUACAAUAUGUGGACUUUGUGCCGGGAGCCAUGCAGCGACGGCACUACGCAAACACAGGACAGAGUUUCCAUUGGAAUCCAAGCAGGAUCCAGCUGGUCCAUUCGACAUCAUACGCAAGACAAGUCAGUAAUGUGUCAACCCGAACCUGCGCCGUUUAGCAUCAUGGAUUUAAUGAACCCGCCUCGAAUUGAGAUCAUAGAGGGAACCCCCGAGAGCACACCGGAGGGUUCAGGCAGUCCUGCAAGCCCACUUCCAAUAGAGGACUUUCCAUGGGAGAUCAACAAAAAGCAAAGGGUCCCCAAGCCGCAAGAAAUGUGUGGCAACACAGGUGGUCACAGAAGUGCCAGUCUCGAACUUUGGUGCAGGAAGUACACCAGUGGGCCCAUGUCAUACAUGUCAAUGUCAUUCUAA